AUGGUGCCCCUGUCGCUAGUGCCCUGCAGAAAUGAGCACAGCAACGGCAUGGCUGACUGCCAUGAGCUGACCGCCCUGGGCAGCUUGGCAAGAAGCCCUGAAUGCCACUUUUCUGUCUGGGCAAUUCUAGCCUUCUUGGGCUUAGCUCUGACUAUAUCGCUGAUCUUCAACAUUUUCCACUACGUGGAAAAGCAGCGACAAGAAAAAAUAUGCGCAUACUCCGACGACUACUUUCCCAGGGAAGAUGAGUAUGAUCUUGAAGAUGCACCAAUUUAUGGUAACGUAGAUAAUGUGGCCUUAGAACCAGUGGAUGAAAACUGCUACGAACAGAUGAAAGCACGACCAGACAGAUCUGUGAACAAACUGCAAGAUGCCCCACCUUCACAGGAAACUGAAGUAAGGGUGUGCUAUGCCUCACUAGAUCACAACAAUGAGGGGAAGCGAAGAAAGCCCAAGAAACAGAAAACUCAUUUGUCAGACAAGGAUGGAGAGGGGCAGAUGCAUGCAAUGGAUAUCAGCCUUUCUAAGACCACUUUGGUGGACAGUUUCCCACCGGAAAGCGAGGCAAUAGAGGAAAACAUUCAUGAUGAUCCCAUCAGGCUGUUUGGAUUGAUCCGUGCACAGAAGGAAAGUUUACACUCACUGGACUACGAUCCGGCUCAGUGA